GUUUUAACUAGAUUAUCCAUUGUUUCAGAUUGUAGGAACGAAUAGAUAUGUCGACUACAUGGGAGAUGAACUAUCUUAAGACAAUGGGAGGAGGUACAGGACCUGUUGGGGAUAAGGAGGAGAAGAAGAAAAGAGGGCGGAGCUCCUCCUCCUCUUCUAGCAGUGAGGAUGAGAGGAAGGGACGUUCCAAGGAUAAAACCAAAGACAAGAAAAAGAGGAAGCAAAGCAGCUCAAGUAGUAGUUCAAGCAGCAGCAGUGGAUCUAGUAGCAGCAGUUCAGACUCAAGUAGAUCCAGAUCUAGAGACAAGAAGAAAGGAGGAAAGAAGAAGGGUGGCGACAAAGUAGAAAAGAAAGGAGAACCCGAGAAGAAAGGGGAGAAGAAAGGAAGCGUAGCAAAGAAAGGAACACCACCCGCUCGUAAACGCUCUGGAUCUCCUCCCGCGCGCAAGCGCAGUGGCUCUCCUCCUGCUCGCAAAAGAUCCGGUUCUCCCCCUGCGCGUAAACGGUCUCCGUCUCCUAAGAAGCGCUCUGUGUCUCCAGCUAAAAAAAGGAAAUCUCCCUCCAGGUCCAAGUCCCGUGACAAGCGUCCAUCUCGUAAGUCCGCCUCUAGGUCUAAGUCCAAGGGUAGGAAAGCUAGGGGUAGGUCUGGAACUCCUCAACCAACCAAGAUCCAUAUCGGCAGGCUCACCAGGAAUGUCGUCAAGGAUCACCUGGACGAGAUAUUUUCCACCUUUGGAAAGAUCAAGGACAUUGAGUUCGGGAACGACAAAGCAAGACCAUGGCUAAAUAAAGGAUUUGCUUAUAUUGAGUAUAGUACUCCUGAAGAAGCACAGAAUGCCAUGAAACAUAUGGAUGGUGGACAAAUUGACGGACAGGAGAUUACUGCAGCUCCAGUUCUGAUGCCUCGUGCUCCAGCGCGUAGACCCUCUCCAAAGCGUAGGUCCCCACCACGCCGUCGUCGUUCUCCAUCCCCUCGUGGUGGACGUAGACGUUCACCUUCUCCUCGUGGUCGUCGUCGCUCCCCAUCACCCCGCGGCCGUCGUUCUCCUCCCCGUCGUGGAAGCAGGUCUGGAAAGGGCAGGAGUAGGUCCCCGAGACGUGGUGGAAGAUCUCCACCAAAGAAGAGGAGUAGGUCCCCGGCAAGGAGGAGAAGGCAUUCAACAUCCUCGUCUAGUAGCGAUAGUUCACGUUAAAUUCUACGGAUUUGCUGUUACACAGCGUCCUGUUAUUUGCCGCAUGUACUGUACCUUUAUCAUUCAACACUGUACACUAAUGUAUUUUCUAUUUUUCUGCAGUACAUUAAAUUUUCUACAGCAGAAAAUUCAAAAAACAGAAUUUGCCGCAUUUCUUUAACAGUUUUAUUCUGAAAUGUGGAAAAUGUUCACAUUGUAACUGUUGACAGUUUUGAUUUUGAUGUUUGUAAAAUGGAUCAUUUAGUUUUCCCGUUUUUGCUCGACAUUCAGUACAUCGUUGCUAAGUUCCGAUUUACAAUUUUUUUUACUUGGCUGUUACAUUACGGCUAAAUUUAAUGAAAAAUUGCAAUUAAAUGAAAAUAUUAAUUCCUUUUUUCCUUAUUCCACUCAAUAACGAUUGUUUACAUCCAGA